UGUGGAGCAAUGCAAAAACCGAUACCGAUUCAUUCAGGCGAGUGGUAAUUGCGUCCCUUCUGGAGCAUCUCGAGCACCAGGCUGCAAGGCGGCAAUCUCUAGCUUUCCGAGGCACCAAGACGAAAGGCAAACAAAUUGAUUGGCAGGCGCGCGUGUGUUGGUGUUGAGGCGAUUCUUUGCUCAAAGGUUUUUGAGAGAUGGAGGACGAGAAGAAGGCGACCAUCGCGGAGGAGGUGGUGAAAGAGCAGCAGCAGCAGGAGGAGGAGGAGAAGAAGGAGACGGCGGCUUCUGAUGUGAGCCUGAAGGAGCUGUCCAAGAAACUCGAUGACUUCGCCAAGGAGAGGGACUGGGAGAUGUACCAUGCCCCGAGGAACCUUCUGCUUGCCAUGAUUGCUGAGGUCGGGGAGCUGUCGGAGCUGUUCAUGUGGAGAGGGGAGGUGCCCAAGGGCCUGCCCGGGUGGAAGGAGGCGGAGAAGGAGCACCUCGGCGAGGAGCUCUCCGACGUGCUGCUCUACCUGAUCAGGCUCUCCGACAUGUGCGGCGUCGACCUCGGGGACGCCGCCACCAGGAAGAUCGUCAAGAACGCCGUCAAGUACCCGGCGCCGUCGAAGAGCACCUAAAGACGAUCUGCAGGCACGCCGUGUGCUCUCGUUCGAUGCGUUUUUUUUUAUAUUUUUUUUGUCAGUACCUGCAUGAACUCAUGCCGCAGGAUUUUAUGUUGGCGAGAAACAGAGAGAACUCCGUUUAUCGAAAAAGCAAGCGAGACUAUGUUUUUAGCUGAUAGCUGUUUGCAGUAAUGAUUAUGGUUGCGUUCUUUUUAACAAGCGUGACAAUUCAACUGAUAAUAACACCUCAGAUAAAUUAUGAUAAUAAUA